AUGCGAACCUACUUCAUCCUGCUACUAGUGGUCGCCAUCGUUCUCGUCUGCAUCAACACUGCCUCGGGUACUGCCAUCAACCUGCGAGCUGUCCAUGAGGAAGUGAAAACCGACAGUGGACGAGUCCUCCUCGCAGAUGCAAAGACCUCUACAGACGACGAAGCGAGAGCAGUCCUGAAUGGAAUCAAGAAGCUGGGCAACUGGGUUAGCAACAAGAUGCUUCUAGCAAACCUGAGGAUGCAGGCAUCAUACGUGUACUCCGAAAGGAUUACCCGGGAUAUUAUGGCUAAGGGUAUCGAUUCCGACAAGCUCUUCGAGUUGCUGAAGCUUAGCAACAAAAAUAAACGAUGGAGCCCAAGAUCUGGCAACAAACCCAGGUACACACUGUGGAUGAAUUACAAGGAAGGGUACGAGGCGCUCAAUUCCAAUUGGAAAAGCAAGUUGCCCCCGAUCAGUGACUUGUAA